UUUGGUCUAUUUCACAGGAAGAAACCUACAGAUAGAAAUUUUUGUUACAAUUUCACCUUUUUACUCGCAUUAGACUACUAAAUCAGCAAUGCCGAUUUGCGGGCUUAAGUGCUCGAUAUGCUGGGUCGUUUUAGGAGUCUGGGGAAUAAUUCAGUUGGCCCUAAUGGGUGUCUUCCUCCGUGUACAUGCUGUGGCCUUUGCAGAAGAUUUACCGAUAAAUGAUGCAGAGUGGGAAGCUAGCAAGUGGAACAUGGACUAUGUCUAUAAAAAAUACGAUGCUGCUUCAAAUAACUGUUUCGUUGCAGCUGGAGUAUAUGUGUGCAUCCUAGUGUUUUCUGGAAUUCAGUACCGAUUGAACACGAGGCAGAAUUAUGUUAUGCAAUAAAGUGAGAUGAAAGAAAAGACAUAAUAGUAAGACCCAUCAAGUUCAUCCUGCCAUCUUGCUUACAAUAGACGAGAGCUUGAGAAAGUCACACAUUCCGAGUCAAUGAGCCUCAGUUUUGAGAGAACAGCCUGCAGGUGAACAUAAAUGCAACUUUGCCUGGAGAUCUUUUUGACUUUCAAUUGAUUCAAAAGGUUACAUAUUUUGAAAUGCAAUUCGUUAAUUGACACUAGAUGAAGAAAACUAUAGAAAUGUAUUUGUUUUUGGGUGUUACUGAUUAUGAACAGUACUUCAGUCCUGUUUUCAACUUCAUCUAAAAGCAAAUCAAAUAGGUGUAUAUGGGUUCAUGUGGUAAAGCAUGUAUGAAGACAUACUUUUGGUAUGGUACAUAGACAAGUAAUGUGAAUUCUGUAAAAAUGUAAAUUAUGUUAAGUAAGGGAGAAUACAUGUAAGUGGGUUGUAAUUAUUUAUUGUUGUCUAGGGGGGCACACAGAUGGUGUAGAAAUAGAAUACAAUAUACAUGUCAUAACUA